AGAUCAUUCACCAUGCACAAACCCCACACUCCAAGUCCACUGUCCAACCCCCAGAAUGUAGUGACAGCCCCACGACCUUCCCGACGAGCACCAGGCCCCCGUGCCGCGAGACCAAGAAAGAAAAAGGAACUGACGGAUCGGCAAAAGUCCAUAGCAAAGUCGGCUGCGACUCGAGCGGAGUGGGAUAAAAGAGUAUUUGAGUGGCAGCAACGACUUUUUGACGGUGCUGUCGAUUUGGAUUUACUUGUUGAAGCGGCCAAAUACCUAACACCAACCGAUUACACUGAUAUUGUCACUGAGCGAGUAUCCGACAAGACAUGCGGGUACCCACUCUGCGAUCAAGCAGUUGCAGAUAUCAAGGGCCGGUACCGUAUAUCAAGAGCAGAGCAGAAAGUAUACGAUGUGACCGAAUUGAAGAGGUUCUGUUCAUCAACUUGUUUUGCUGCAAGUCAGUUUUUUAAGGCGCAGUUGGUGGAGGAGCCGGUUUAUAUGAGGAAUUUUGAGAGCAUGCCACCAGUUGAAGUCAUUCCUACGGGAUACACGCUUAGUGAAUUCCGCCAACAAAGAGUAUCAAAAUCCGCACCAAGCACCACAUCACCCAAAACCCUCCGCACCAACUACGUACACACCCUCCUUCAACGCCUCCCAAAUAUGAGCGCCCCCACCAUCGUAGUGAAAGAAAAAACCAUUGAACCACCCACGCCACCUACACCUCCUGCUGAUAUCGGCCCGCAACACGACGCUAUUGAAGGAUUCCAUGUGCAAUUUCGAAAGGACAAAAAGGGGAGACCUUCUACAAUGGUAUUAAAGGAACGUCUGGACGGCAGUUCAAUCACACCUGAACCAAUAAACGAUACACAACACAUUGAAAGCCAAACUAAUGAGCAAAGCCUUGGGGACGGUAUCACGCACCUUGAAAACAAACUACAAGAUCUUGUUCUCACAGACCACGAUAUCCCAAUCGCAUCACCCAACGGCCCACCAAGACAUCACACCAAAGGCCCAGCCGCCCCACACCGCCCCCCAACUCGGAUCUUUUCUUCUGAAACCGUUAUAGAGUCCCCACUGUUAUCACCACCGCAUUCACCCCUUGGACCCGAUACAACAGAGCAAACACCACAAAUAUGGCUUCACCCCAAACCGAUUGGAAAAAUGGUCUCGUUGUCUCUUUUUGGGAAUGUUUGGACGUUGUUGGGGAGGAUGGUGACGGAUCGGACGAGGGGGUGGGUGCGUGGGGAGUCUUGGGGGCCUGUGGUAGAAGAUGAGAGGAUGACGAUUCGGAAAGGAAUUUUUAUGGAAAAGAUGUUGGCGACGUAUGCCCUUUUUCGACGCGAGUAUCACAUCACGGUGCCCAUUACCGAUGAUCUAUCGGGGUUAGUUGACACGCUGUACCUCUCUGAAACCAUGGCCGUGCCAUCUCACGCCGAACAAUGGGUGCUUACUAUUAUUUUCAUAAAAGUGCUGUCCCGCCGAUUGGUUCUACUUGCCCAGGAAGUGGAAAACAAGUGGAAAGACAUGCUGGAACCCAGCGGAGUCAGUGAAGAGGAAUUGAACGUUUUUGUCCAAUUAUUUGGAUAAAAGCCUGACUGGUUUCCCUGAUAAUAGUGUGUCAUGGCACAAAGGGGAUGGGAUUGGAUUCAAUAUGUAUAUAGGUCAACUUUUUUUCGUACUUUCUAAUAAGAAUACCAAAAUCCCAUCGUGUAUGGUAUUACACCCAAAACAAA